AUGCCUCCCAAAGCCGCUGAGAAGAAGCCCAGCACCGGUGGCAAGGCCCCGGCUGGCGGCAAGGCUCCCGCUGAGAAGAAGGAAGCCGGCAAGAAGACUGCUGCCGCUGCCUCCGGCGACAAGAAGAAGCGUGGAAAGACCAGGAAGGAGACCUACUCCUCUUACAUCUACAAGGUCUUGAAGCAGGUCCACCCUGAUACCGGUAUCUCGACUCGCGCUAUGUCCAUCCUGAACUCUUUCGUCAAUGAUAUCUUUGAGCGUGUCGCGACCGAGGCCUCGAAACUUGCUGCUUACAACAAGAAGUCCACCAUCUCUUCACGGGAGAUCCAGACCUCUGUGAGGCUCAUCCUUCCCGGCGAAUUGGCGAAGCACGCGGUGUCCGAAGGCACCAAGGCUGUCACGAAGUACUCGUCGUCUGCCAAAUAA